UCUCCCCGCCCCAACCGGAAGUUGCAGGACUGAAUGGAUCUCCGAGCCGGAGGCUGCACCUUCUCAGUCUUUAUGUGACGCUUGGCGGCCGCCAGGCUACCAGGUUCAUGUGGAGGCUCCCAGGCUCCCGCGCCGCGCUUCGUGGGGUCCGCACGGCGGUGGAGCGGCACACUCGGGCCGAGGCGGCGGCGGCGGCGACGGAGACGGCGGCGGGCGCCAUGGAGCGCGCUGUAGUGCGUUGCGUGCCCUCGGAGCCUAAGCUAAGCCUGUCGUUCGCGCUGGCCGACGGCAGCCACAAGAACAUGCAGCGCGACCAGAGCGAGCCUCUGGGUCGGGCCCUCAGCCGCAUCGCAACCAACGCCCUCAAAGGCCACGCCAAGGCGGCUGCCGCCAAGAAGAGCCGGAAGAACCGGCCAAAUGCAAGUGGCGGCGUGGCCUGUGCGGGGCCGGGGCCGGGGCCCGGGCCCGAGCCGGCCGCGGCCUGCGAGCCGGUGGUGAAGCUGUACUACCGGGAGGAGGCAGUGGCGGAGGAUGUGCUCAACGUGGACGCCUGGCAGGACGGUGCGGUGCUGCAGAUCGGCGAUGUCAAGUACAAGGUGGAGCGCAACCCGCCGGCCUUCACCGAGCUGCAGUUGCCACGCUACAUCAUGGCCGGCUUCCCGGUAUGCCCCAAGCUCAGCCUCGAAUUUGGGGACCCCGCCAGCUCCCUCUUCCGCUGGUACAAGGAAGCCAAACCCGGAGCGGCAGAGGCUGAGGGCGGGGGCCCCUCGUCAUUGUCUCCCUCUUCACCCUCUCCUAGUUGGACGGAGACGGGUGUCAACGAGCGCGUCUACACGCCGUCCAAUGCGGACAUCGGUCUACGACUCAAGCUUCAUUGCACCCCAGGCAAUGGGCAGCGCUUGGGGCCAAGCAGGGAGUUGGAAAGCGUGUGUCCCGUGGAGGCUGGGCCUGGCACCUGCACCUUUGACCACCGGCAUCUCUACACCAAGAAGGUGACGGACAACUCUCUAAUCCGCACGGUCUCGUACAACCUCCUGGCCGACACGUACGCCCAGACUGAGUUUUCGAGGAGCGUCCUGUACCCGUACUGUGCCCCUUAUGCUCUGGAGCUCGACUACCGUCAGAACCUUAUCCAGAAGGAGCUCACCGGCUACAACGCUGACCUCAUCUGUUUGCAAGAGGUUGAUCGCAACGUGUUUACGGACAGCUUGGUGCCGGCCCUCGAGGCCUUCGGACUGGAAGGCGUGUUUAGAAUCAAGCAGCACGAAGGCCUGGCUACUUUCUACCGAAAAACCAAAUUCAGUCUUCUCAGCCAGCAUGACAUUUCUUUCCAUGAAGCCCUGGAGUCCGACCCACUUCACAAAGAACUGCUGGAGAAGCUAGUGGUGUACCCAUCUGCGCAGGAGAGAGUGCUCCAGAGAUCGUCUGUCCUCCAGGUUUCUGUUCUUCAGUCUACAAAGGACUCUUCUAAAAGGCUAUGUGUUGCUAAUACCCAUCUCUACUGGCAUCCAAAAGGUGGGUACAUUCGUCUCAUUCAAAUGGCAGUAGCCUUGGCUCACAUUCGACAUGUCUCAUGUGACCUGUAUCCUGGCAUACCAGUUAUAUUUUGUGGAGACUUUAAUAGCACCCCAUCGACAGGAAUGUAUCAUUUUGUUGUCAAUGGCAGCAUUCCAGAGGAUCACGAAGACUGGGCUUCCAAUGGGGAGGAGGAACGGUGCAAUAUGUCCCUUUCCCAUUUCUUCAAACUGAAAAGUGCUUGUGGGGAACCUGCUUACACAAAUUAUGUUGGUGGUUUUCAUGGAUGCCUGGAUUACAUUUUCAUUGACUUAAAUGCUCUAGAAGUGGAACAGGUGAUUCCGUUACCUAGUCAUGAAGAAGUUACCACCCAUCAGGCCUUACCUAGUGUUUCCCACCCCUCUGAUCACAUAGCACUUGUAUGUGAUUUAAAAUGGAAAUAGAUUUGUUUAAUGUAAUGUAAUUUAAGUCUGCUUUAAUAGGAAUUUAAUAUGAAUCAAAACUAUGUGUAACCUUCAAAGAGGAAAACUAGACCGACACCAAGGCAAAAUGUUAUUCUAGUUCCAGUGUCUUCAUUACACGACUGUUGAUAAUAUUUGCAGUUUUUCCACUUUUCCUUUUUUUCCUGUGUUUGAAGGAAAAACAAAUAUAUUUAUAAUUCCCAGGAAGAACAUUGAAUUAUGUACAUUUUUAUAAGUACCUUUUUUUUUUAGCUAGGAAUUCAGAAUUUUGUAAAAAUUUGAAUGAUCCUUUAAUUUUUCUAUCAUAACAUUUCGAAUCAAAUCAUGUUUAUAUAAUUAGGGGGAAAUGCAUACAGGUUAAAGUGAGAAGCCAGUGUCUAACACAUUGAAAGGAGUAACAUUAGAGUCUACCUCUACCUCAACUUGGUUAGCAAUUUAAUGCAACUUUAGAGCUUUAACAAUUAAAAUAUGCCAUCACCAAUUGUUACUGCUUCUCAUCUUUACUUUUUCAUAAGCCAUUUUCAUUGUUAUUUUUAGGAUUUUACUCUUUAGUGUAUGGUACAAAUGGACAUUUGUAUUCUUUAACUGUAGCUCAUUUGAACUUUUAGGAUGGAAGCACAAUUUAGUAUUCAAAGUAAAUAGCAACAUAAUCAACUUGAUCCCAUUUUCUUUAAUCUUGCCCAUGAAAAAUGUUCAUAAAUCAAUAGGGUAUUUGACUAUAUGAUAUUCCAGAGGACAGCAUAAUAGAUUACUUUAUGUGAAACUGCCUACUGAUGGGGCUUGACAUUUUGGGUGAACCACUGAGCAUUUCUAUGUUGGAAGUAUUUUUGAAAUUGUUGGUUUUUAUAAAAAGGAGAAAGUUGUGGGGCUUUUGAGCAUUUCUGAAAUAAACUUUUUCAUAGACUUGAGCAUUAUAAUUUGGGUUAUAGGAAAAUAUUGUAUAUAUAAUUUAUAUACUGUAAAAAGAAUUUAAAUAUGAAGCCAAACUUUAACAUUAGAAAUUACAGUUUUACUGAUUAGUUUCUAGCCUAGGGUGGUAACGGCUCUUCUAACUCAAUUAUUACCAUAAUUAGCUGUUACUUUUUGAUGUUCAGGAUAACUAUAAUAUCUCAUAUUUCUGCAUUUAGUUUCAUCUCAUAUUUCUGCAUUUAGUUUCUAUAGCUUAGAUAUUAAAAGCCCAUCUACAUGAAGAAGAGUUCUGAUUUUCCAGUCAUGAGAAUUUGUCCCAAAUUCUUUACUAAUCUCUAAACCCAAUACCAUAACAACUUUUGUCUUUUUGAUAAAGUAGGCUGUAUUUCAUAUUCCGUUCCCUAUCCAAUGUAUUGUUAACUCUUAGCAAGUUUGAAAAUGAGUUUUAGGGAUCCCUGGGUGGCGCAGCGGUUUGGCGCCUGCCUUUGGCCCAGGGCGCGAUCCUGGAGACCCGGGAUCGAAUCCCACAGCGGGCUCCCGGUGCACGGGGCCUGCUUCUCCCUCUGCCUGUGUCUCUGCCUCUCCCUCUCUCUCUGUGUGACUAUCAUAAAUAAAUAAAGAAAAAGAAAAUGAGUCUUACUUACAGUUCAGUUUGAACCUUGAAGUACUUAAAAUAUUGGAAGGGAAAAAUUAAAGUGGCAGUUUCUUGGGAUCUUAUUUAGAAAAAGCUAUAAAUGAAAAAUUGAUGCUACCGAAUUGUGCCUUCCUAAAUAACGUUUUUGAGAGCAUUUUAUUUAACAGCGGUUUGCAAAUACAUGAAUAUAUUAAAGCCAGAAUCUUGAUUCUUUUGCAAAAUACAUACUUUCUUUUUAAAAUGUGUUUUUGGUCUGCUUUCAGACAUGUUGACAGGACCUUAAAAUAACUUGAGAAAAAACAAGGUUUGUAAAAGCAAAAAAUUGAGAAACAUUUUGAAAGAAGAAAGUGUAACAUACUUAUACCCAUAAGGAAAACCUUCGGAUUCUGUAUUAGCACUAUGGCUAAUUAGAUUGAACUCUGGUCAGAAGAACUACUCACAUUAAGCAUUCCAUGUCCUGAAUCUUUAAAUUUUACAUUUACUGACUAAACAGUAUGAUCAGAUUAUAUACCAGCAUUUCAGAAUAGUACAAUGUAGGAUAUUGUGAUUUGCCAUAUACUCUGAUCAUAUCUCCAGUAUACAGAAAUAUUAGUAUAAUUGGAGUCCAAAGGUGGGGAACACUAAGAAAAUUGAACAAAUAGGAUACCAGAAUUACCUUGUAUUCCUGAGUUAGAAUGAAAUGUUAUUCGGAAAUGUUUAUGUGCUUAAAGCCAUCUUUGUGAUUGAAUUUUUCUUUUACAUUUGGAUUUUUAAAUGCAUUUAAUAAAGUGUGGAAAGUGUAGGACCUCUUUCUCUGGUGAACCCA